UUUGGGGUCCUCAGCACCCUUAGACACAGUGAUCUUUAGAGCCGGCCACACAGCUGCCUGGAAAGCCUCAUUUUACAUUCUGCCCGGGCACUUUUCCGCGCCCAAUUUGAGGGCUCUCCAGGGUCUCUGCUGGUCUCUUGCGAGGCAGCAGCAGUCUCUGCCCCGCAGCUCUGACAUCUGAGGGCCAGCCCGGAGGAGUCCCGGCCGGGAACCGGGGUUUGUACGAGCAUUUACUCUCACGUGGGGCGCCCGGGAUGGAGGUAGGGUGUACACCGUCCCCACCCUUCCGGACCCUCGCCACCCGCGUCCGCUGUCCAUCCCUGAUGCUUUACUGCGCCCGCCCAUCCCUUCUGGAUGCUGCCUGGGCUCCGACCCCGCGCGUCCGCCCGCAUCCUGCCCCCACUACCUACCCCCCCCGCCCCCGACCCCAGGGUCUCGGAGUCUGGAGGCGCUUUCCUCUCGUAGACGCGGCCCCUCCUGUCGCUUCCUUCCGCGCACAGCUCGGCACAAACAGCCCAGGCUAUCCGGGGCCCGACGGGGAGCGCGCACAAUACCCCGCCCCUUUGUGCUUCUCCCCGGACCCCCCCCUUCCCAUCUGGGCCAACGGCUCCGCCUCCCGGGCGGCCCACGGCGUGGGUGGCGCCGAGGGGAGGAGGCAGUUGCCGGGCGGGCCCCCGUGGAAACCCGGGCGCGUGGGGGCGCGAGGGGCUGCGCGUGUGAUGGGCGUUUAUGGCCCCGGGGCCGGGCGUCAGAGUGAGACGAGCAAUGUGCCGAGAGAAGGGCCCCGGCCCCGGUGCUGGGCUUGGCAGCGGAGAGGCCAGGGAGAGAGGCCGCCUAGAGGAUGGGAGGAGGGCUCCCUCAUGGCCCUCUCCCCUGAGUCCCCGCUGGGUCAGGAUUCCUCCCCCGGAUCGCCCUGCAUUACUGCCCCAGAAGUCUCCUCUUCCAACAUGUCGCAGAACGGAUACUUAGAGGAUGCAGGCUACCUCAAGUGUGACACUGAAGACAUCCCCGAAGCCCGUGAGCAGAGCCUGCAGGAUGAGGCUUUAGACACCAUCACCUCCUCCAUUGUGUCUGGCGAGAGCAUCCGUUUUUUUGUCAACGUCAACCUUGAGAUGCAGCCCUCCCAGAAUGUCGAGAAUGAGGUGUCGAACGGCCAUGUACUCCUCCAUACCUCCCGCAAGUACAUGAAGCUGAAAAACUUUGAGGAAGAGAUCCGUGCACACCGCGACCUGGAUGACUUCCUGGCCCGGGCUAGCAUCAUCCUGAACGAGACGGCCACCUCCCUGGAUGACGUGCUGCGGGCCAUGCUGCAGCGCUUCACCCUAGACCCCGACAACACUGAGCCUGGCUGCAGCUUGGACCUGCUCAUGAGCCUGCUCUUUACUGAUGCCGGGGCCCCCACGCAGAGUAAAGUGCACCUGCUGUCAGAUACCAUCCAAGGAGUCACAGCCACGGUCACAGGUGUGCAGUACCAGCAGUCCUGGCUUUGCAUCAUCUGUACCGUCAAGGACAUGCAGAGGCGGCACGUGUGCAUCAGCCGCCUGGUCCGGCCACAGAACUGGGGGGAGAGUUCCUGUGAGGUGCGGUUCGUCAUCCUGGUGCUGGCACCACCCAAGAUGAAAAGCACCAAGACCGCGAUGGAGGUGGGGCGCACGUUUGCCACCAUGUUCUCGGACAUCACCUUCCGCCAGAAGCUCCUGGAGACCCGCACGGAGGAAGAGUUCAUGGAAGCCCUGGUGCAUCAGAGGCAUCGGCUCACCAUGGUGAGCGAGUGUGGGCUGAUGGUCAGCAGCGUGAAGGAGUUCACCCUGGGCUCAGUCACCAGAAGCCACCCCGUGCAGCCCAAGGACUUUCUCCCCAUGGGGAAGGGCAUCCAGGAUGACGUCGCACGCAGGUUCCCCAUGUACCCACUCGACUUCACAGAUGGCAUCAUCGGGAAAAACAAGGCUGUGGGCAAAUACAUCACCACCACCAUGUUCCUCUACUUCGCCUGCCUCCUGCCCACGAUUGCCUUCGGCUCCCUCAACGAUGAGAACACGCAGGGGGCCAUUGAUGUGCAGAAGACCGUGGCCGGGCAGAGCAUCGGGGGCCUCCUGUACGCGCUCUUCGCUGGGCAACCGCUGGUGGUGUUACUGACAACUGCACCCCUGGCCCUCUACAUCCAGGUGAUCCAGAGCAUCUGUGACGACUACCAGCUGGACUUCAGCGCCUUCUACGCAUGGACGGGGCUGUGGAACUGCUUCUUUCUGGCACUUUAUGCCCUCUUCAACCUCAGCCUGGCCAUGAAGCUCUUCAAGAGGUCAACAGAGGAGAUCAUCGCCUUGUUUAUUUCUAUCACCUUUGUGCUGGAUGCCGUCAAGGGCAUGGUUAAAAUCUUUUCGAAAUUCUACCAUGGCUCCCACUCCGGGGACUCCACAUUGGAGGCUCCAUCCCGGGUUAGCCUGCUGGGCCUCAACACCAGCCUCCACGCCGCCCUCAACGCCAGCACCAGGGCCAGCCCGUCGGAGCCGACCUUGGCGGACAGCCAUGGUGCCGUGCAUACAGGCCGCGAGACCGCCCUGCUCAGCCUCCUUGUCAUGCUGGGCACACUCUGGCUGGGCUACACCCUCUACCAGUUCAAGAAGAGCCCCUACCUGCACCCCUACAUGCGGGAGAUCCUGUCAGACUGCGCUUUGCCCAUUGCAGUGCUCACCUUCUCCCUCAUCAGCUCCUAUGGCUUCCGGGAAAUCGAGAUGAGCAAGUUCCGCUACAACCCCAGCAAGAGCCUGUUUGAGAUGGCCCCAAUGCACCUGCUGUCCCCGGAGGCCAUCGGUAGUGCCAUGGGCCUUGGCUUCCUUCUCUCCAUGCUCUUCUUCAUCGAGCAGAACCUGGUGGCUUCCCUGGUGAAUGCGCCUGAGAACAGGCUGGUGAAGGGCACUGCCUACCACUGGGACCUCCUGCUCAUUGCCUUCAUCAACACUGGGCUGUCUCUGUUCGGGCUGCCCUGGAUCCAUGCCGCCUACCCCCACUCCCCACUGCACGUGCGGGCCCUGGCUUUUGUGGAGGAGCGAGUGGAGAACGGGCACAUCUAUGACACGAUCGUGAGCGUAAAGGAGACGCGGCUGACCUCACUGGGCGCCAGCAUCCUGGUGGGCCUUUCACUGCUCCUGCUGCCCUUCCCGCUGCAGUGGAUCUCCAAGCCAGUGCUCUACGGGCUCUUCCUCUACAUCGCGCUCACCUCCAUCGAUGGCAGUCAGCUCUUUGAGCGUGUGGCCCUGCUGCUCAAGGAGCAGACUGCAUACCCGCCCACCCACUACCUCCGGAGGGUGCCCCAGAGGAAGAUCCACUACUUCACCGGCCUUCAGGUCCUGCAGCUCCUGCUGCUCUGUGCCUUCGGCAUGAGCUCCCUGCCCUACAUGAAGAUGAUCUUUCCCCUCAUCAUGAUCGCCAUGAUCCCCAUCCGCUAUAACCUGCUGCCCCUAAUCAUUGAAGCCAAAUACUUGGACGCCAUGGAUGCUGAGCACUGAGGCUGACUGGCAGGCCCUAGCCAUGCCCUGGUCGCCUGCCCCUUCUCAUCCUCCCAGGCUGGCUCUGUGGCUGUGGGGAGGUGUGGGUGUCGUUGAGGUGCUGCUUAGGGCUCUGCCCUCUCCAGCUGCCCCCACACUCCUGGGGCAUAUGGGCACUGUGGGCGCUCAGUGACGUGUGCCCACCCCUCUCUCCCUUAGCCUUUGGCUUUGGGUUGGGAACAUUGCUCAGGGCAGCUUCUGCCCAGGAUGGGACUAAGUAGGAAGGAUUUUCUUUUGAUAAAAGAGUUGAAGCCUGAAAGAGAAAUCAUUUCCUUGAUUGUGUAAGGAACUCUGUAUGCCCACUAGAGAAUAAAGCUCCUGUUUCUAUGCCUUUA